AAAAGGCAGCCCUUCUGAAUAAAUUUAAUUCCACAUGAAUAUAAUUAAGUAGUCUAGUCUCGGGGCCGCAGAGCUCGCCAUGUGAGUUCAGCAUUUUUCCUUCAUUAAUUUCAAACCCCCACAUCUUUCCGAUCCAUCUUCCAACUAUGAUCAACCAAAAACUGCACAUUGCUAUACUAGCAAGCCCCGGUUUGGGUCAUCUCAUCCCGGUUCUUAUCCUCGGAAACCGCCUUGCCACCGAUCACGGUGCUAAGGUUACUGUAUUGGUCAACAAAACCAGCAGUUCUGUCGAGUCGCAAGUUCUCAACAACCUCGCUUCCGGCCCAAACAUGGAUAUACUCGAAAUUCCACCGGUCAACAUUUCUCACUUAAUCGACGCCGAUACUAAAGCGGUCGCGAAAAUAUGUAUUAUGGUGCGUGAGGCUUUGCCGUUUAUACGUUCCGCAAUUGCCGGGAUGAAGGACGGCCACCGGCCAGAUAUCUUGAUCAGCGACCUCUUCUGCACGGAAGCUUUCAGCAUAGCCACCGAGUUUAACAUGCCAAAGUACGUGUACGUUCCGACAAGCGCGUGGCAUGUUGCCCUGAAGAUGUAUUCUCCGGUUCUGGAUAAACAGAUUGAAGGUCAAUACGUUGACCAAACCGAGCCGCUGAAGAUUCCCGGCUGCAAAUCGAUCCGACCUGAGGACGUAGUCGAGCCGAUGGUUGACCGGAACGACCAGCAGUAUAGAGAACUAGUGCGGAUGGGAAGGGAGUUCUCGACCGGUGAUGGAAUUUUGAUCAACACUUGGGAGGAUCUCGAGCAGGUUACACUUGAAGCCUUCAGGGAAAACGAAUCUCUACGAGAAGUGAUAAUGUCAACGGUUUAUCCAAUUGGACCACUCACAAGGCCGGGUGAACCGAAGGGUCCGAAUCGAGAGAAUCAUGAGUUGAUGGAGUGGCUAGAUAUGCAACCAUGUGAAUCGGUCCUGUAUGUUUCAUUUGGAAGUGGUGGUACUUUAUCAGCUGAACAACUGAUUGAGCUUGCGUGGGGUUUGGAGAUAAGUCAACAGAGAUUCAUUUGGGUGGUCCGACCGCCUGCUCGGAUUGCUGAUGGGUCAUUUUUCACUUCGGGGAGUGGUUCGUCUGAUGGUACUCCGGAUUAUUUACCUGAAGGGUUUUUGGGUCGGACCAAGAACCUCGGUCUGAUUGUUUCACAAUGGGCUCCACAGGUGGAGAUUUUGAGCCAUCCGUCCGUCGGAGGGUUUCUUACUCACUGUGGUUGGAGCUCAACCUUAGAAAGCCUAAAAAAUGGAGUACCCAUGAUUGUUUGGCCGCUUUACGCGGAGCAAAGACUGAACGCCACCAUGCUUGCGGAGGAGCUCGGCGUAGCUGUCCGGCCUAAGGUUUUGCCGACGAAGAAAGUGGUGGACAGAAAGGAGAUUGAGGAAAUGGUGAGAACUAUCAUGGCAUCUGAAAAGGGCAAGUUGAUUCGGGAAAGGGUUAAACAAGUGAAGAUCAGUGCAUUGGAUGCAAUACAGGAGGGAGGAUCAUCGGUCAACGCUAUGCGUGAUUUUCUUAAAGAUGUCACCGUGAGGUUGAAUAUGCGGUCUUAGGCUACAAAAUUUAUGGUUUCGAUUUGUCAAACUAAUUUGUUCCGAUGAAUUUGCUUUUGUGUGUUUGUAUUGGAUUUUAUAAACCGAAUGGAUAUGAUGUCGCUGGUAUAUUAUUUUGAAGUUUCUCUUUUCCUUAUUCCCGUUGCACUAUGAUUACUAGAGAGAUGUUUAAUUCUAUGUGAAGUAUUUGUGUUUCUUGAUAGGCUAUUUACUUUUUUUUUUUUUUAUUUGUAUAAAACUACAUAUUGGUGUG